CCCCACCUCGGUAUCGCCGCUGCUGCGCCGUUAUCACCGUCGCUGCGAUGAGGCCUCUCCUUACCCGCCUCUUCACCUCCACUCACAUUGCCAUGGCCGCCUCCCCCUCCUCUUCCUCUCCGUCUAGACGGUUGGCCCAUCUCACACGCCAUCUCGCCGCCUCCUCUUCCGGCGAGCUCUCCUCAGUGGGCGCCCCUGCCGCCGCAGCCGACACCGUCCCCGCGAAAAGCCCGCGUCCGGCCGCCUCCAAGGUCCCCGCCGCCGUUCUCGUCUGCCUCUUCGAGGAUCCCAGCUGCGGGCCCCGCGUCCUCCUCACCAAGCGCGCUUCCUCCCUCUCCUCCCACUCCGGGGAGGUGUCAUUACCCGGAGGGAAGGUUGACGAGGGGGACGCCGAUGCCAAGGCCACGGCUUUGCGGGAGGCGAAGGAGGAGAUUGGAUUGGACCCGGCGAUUGUCUCUGUUGUGACAGUUCUUGAGCCAUUCCUGUCCAAGAACGGGGUCAAUGUUGUUCCUGUAAUUGGCAUGGUUUCGGAUAAAGCAUUGUUCAAGCCUGUCCUGAACAAAGCUGAAGUGGAGGACAUCUUUGACGCACCACUGGAGAUGUUUCUAAAGGACGACCACCGGAGAACAAAACAGAUGAAUUGGAUGGGCAUAGAUAUUCCAGUCCAGUUUUUCGACUAUGAGGAAGACGGCAAAAAGUUUGUGAUUUGGGGCCUAACCGCGCACAUCUUGACCCGUGCCGCGGCAGUCGUUUUGCAGAGGCAACCAUCGUUUGCCGAACUUCCCAGACCCAAAUAUGCAAGCGCACCCACCGCUGACACUGAUGAGACCAAACCCUGAUGUUUUAUGGUUAUAUACUGGCAGGGGGUGUUCGGUUCAGAACCUUUUGGUUGUAGAAUUAUCUUUCCCUCCACAUCUUGGCUGCGAAAGGUACCAAAAAUUUGUUUUGUACAUUUCACUAUCGAUGUGUAGAUUGUAUUGUUAUGUAUAGCAGCCACCAAAUAAUAUUGGCACAUGUAUGCGCCCUCUUGUUUUGGGCAAUGACCACUUGGUGGAAGAGGAAGACCGAUGUACUUUGUGACAAAAGAAUUUACUAUAAACUCCAGAAAAAAUGGCAAUUUCUUUUUGCAGGA